AUGGAGCAAAAUACGAACGGUAUAAACGAUCGGAACGGUGACGGUGACGGUGACGAUGUGGUGGUGAUUGCAAGUGUCUGGAAAUCAAAUGGCACCGGCAUGGGAGUGUGGUAUCAGUGUGGCUGUGCUGGCGAGACAUUGUCACAUUGCUGUCAUGCUAGAAUGGUAGUAGGUACAUAG